AGGCUGUGCAGUUCCCUCACUCUGGACAGAGGGAUCCACAGCUGGGGGAAUCCACCCUGCAGGCGGACAACGGCAAGGCGUUGGUGUGCACUGCUGGGCGCAGCCCAUGGCUUCUGGAGGAGAGAGGGAGGUUGGCUCUUGCCAAGGCCCAGCAGAAAAGCCCAUCCAGGCCUGCGUUCAAAUGGCAUCCAGUGGCCAACGGGACGAGGGGAAUUUGCCAGGACAGAGGCCAACCGCCAGCGGUUCAGGCGCUUCCUCUAUGAGGAGGCCACGGGGCCGCAGGAGGCAUGCGGGCGACUCUGGCAGCUGUGCCGUCUGUGGCUGGAGCCAGAGAGACGGUCCAAGGAGCAGGUCCUGGAGCUGGUGGUCCUGGAGCAGUUUCUGAGCAUCCUCCCCCAGGAGAUGCAGGGCUGGGUCCGCAGAGAGGAACCAGUGAGCAGCUCCCAAGCGGCAGGCCUGGCGGAGGAUUUCCUGAGGAGGCAGCUCAACGCUGAGAGGCUGGAGCGACAGAAACUGGAGCCCUACAAGGAAGUCGUGGUGGACUUCCCCAAGAAAGAGGAGGUCCCGCCGUGCCUUGAGCAAAGAGGACGCCUCUUCAGGGAAGCCACGCAGGAGUAUAUCGAGGGCAGCAUGCAACAAGGUGUUGACCCCGAAGAAAAGCCAGAGAAGAAUUGUGCAGAAAAGCCCAGGCAACCCCAACCCAUUGAGAGCUCUUUGUGGGAAGCCGAAAUCAACGCUGUGCAGAUCCAGAGCCACGCGGGGGAAUUCCUCGAAAGCAGAGGGAGAACCCGCGCAGGAGAGAAGCCGUACAAGUGCCCGGAGUGCGGGAAAAGCUUUCUGUACGGCUCAGAUCUCAUCAAGCAUGAGAGGACACACACCGGGGAGAAGCCGUUCGCCUGCACAGACUGCGGGAAACGCUUCAAUCAGAGCUCGCACCUCAUCUCCCACGAAAGGGUCCACACGGGAGAGAAGCCCUACAAGUGUCUGGCGUGCGGGAAGAGCUUCGGUUGGCGGUCGGACCUUGUAAGACAUCAGAGAAUCCACACAGGGGAGAAACCCUACAUUUGCCCGGAUUGUGGGAGGAGCUUUAGCGCCAGCUCAGACCUUACUAGGCAUCAGAAAACCCACACAGGAGACAAAUCCUACAAAUGCGUGGCCUGCGGGAGAACGUUUAGCGGGCGAUUGCAGGUUGCUAGUCACCAGAGACUCUGCACCGGGGGGAAUUGCUGAAACCAGGAAAAUGCCCAUAGAAAAGGGCAUUCUUGCGACUAGACAGUGAGCAGUCUUUUUUGCAUGACAAGCGGGGUAUAUUUCUUCAAGGAGGGGUCCACAGUAGUCUGUGGUUUGCUCUGUUUCCUAGCAAAAUUUUGUACGUUGAAUCAAGAUUUCUGGUGUGCUUAAUAAAGAUGACUUUUUAAAAAAAGCUUUCUUUGCUGAAGUUUUCAACAGAACGAUAACUUUCCACUGAAAUCUUGGAACCCGUUGAAAGGACCUCUUUUAGAAGAGGGCAGGAACUUGAAACAUCACCCACACAAUGCUUUGUAAUGUGUAAAUUAAAGCUCAGUUGCUGCCAUUUGUAGACUAAUUUGUAGACACAGGUCCUGAAAGACCUACAUUGGCUCCCAGAAUGUUUCCAAGCACAAUUCAAAGUGUUGAUGCUGACC